AAACUCUCCCACCUCCACGUCGCUAUUCUGCCUCAGGAUUAGAGCAUCAACCCGACAACUACUUGUUUGCUUUCGGUCCAUCCAUCAACUAACCCAUCUAUCGCACUUGUACUGCCCCACUAAGCCUCACCAGCCUCACACCCUCUGCUUGGAACUUUUGUCAGACAGACGUCUGCACCACUGCACACGAAGUCUAGACUGUGCCUGGUGAUCAACUUAUUUGACUCCGCGGGAAGAGGCAAUGGAACCAUCACCUCCUCCAGAUCACCACUUUGCCCCUGUGAACCCUGACCUACACAUAUUAGACGACGCUUUUGACAUCCUUCACGAAGAGCCUGUCCGUUACGAAGAACGGAAGCCGACGGUCCAGCAGCGCAUGCCCGCCAUGCCACUAGAUGACGACGUGCCAGAUGUUCGGCCACUCAAGGAACGUACGAAGUCCAGCGAGGUUCUCCCCGAUUAUGUCUACUACCGUUUGAGGAGAAAUGGAGACAAUUGGGAAGCGGCUGCAAAGUCCAGAAUCAUUGCUCCCAUUGAAGACAUCGAGAAGACUGUUCGCAAGGGAAAAGGAGGAGACGCUCCAAUCCUGGACCAGAUGAAACGAAUGUCUGAUACACGACGAGAGAUGAUCGGAGAACUUGUACAUGGCGUGAACAAGAACGAAAUGGGAGGUCAUCGAUUUGAAGUUGCAUAUAUCACUGCGAAGAGGAUUCGAAAGCGCAGCGGCAAGGUUGAAGUUCCAGAAAUGGACGUCAUCCUGACACGGACAAAAGUCAAAGCCAAGGGUAAGAGUAAAGAUGUCGGCGAGGAGAUUAUUCUGAAGGAGUCUAAGAAAUCAGGCGACAAUGAGAAAGAAAAGAAACACGACGAAGACGGCCAUUCCCACUCCCGAAAGGACUCCGUAUUGGAACCAUUAAAGGACCCCAUUGCCAACAUGUUGUUAUUUGACCCAGAUGGACGUCCCAGAGACGAAUUUGGCCCGAUUAACUUCACAAGCGCGGGCCUUCCGCCUCGGAUUCCACAGGAGAGGCCACUUGGUGUCAAACCCGAGGUCAGGAAGGAGGAGAAGAAGCGUGGCAAGAGUCGCAAACGCAGCAAGUCGAGGCAACGCCAUGCUGAAGAUGGUGUUGUGAUGGUCGGCGAUGUUGAGGAAUUCCAUGAUGUCGCAGACGCACCUCCUGUCGACGGCUUCUUUGGUGAGGUCAACCCACUUGACAGACGAGGCCGACGGGGCAAAUCGCCUUACCCUACUGAACACCCCGAAGUCGUGGGCGGAGAACCUCGAAGGUCUCACUCUCGCCGACGUCCGACGACAGAGAGUCGUCAUCAUUCUCGCGACAAAUCUCGAUCUCGACCGAGCUCGAUCUACAUUCCCAACCAGCAUACCAGACAAUAUUUCCACGAAGACAGCGCCUCUUCACACGGCAGCGACUCGAGCCACUAUAGCGUUGUCGAGUAUGCCGAGAGCUCAGCGACGUCUCUCACUUCUGGCGGACUCCCUCGACGUGGUAGCCUUGUUCGCCACGAACCUCGUCCUGAGCAAGUGUACAAGAUGCACCACCGUGGUCCCACCAGGAGCGCUUCGUACGUGGACAAAACUUACCGCGAAGACGAACGAGUGGUUAUUCCUUCCCGCUCACGCAGAGACUCGUCGUACUUGGCCUAUGACAAUCAUCGUCCACCACCACCGGCAGAGGUUCGCUAUGAACGUCCACCACCACAACCCCGACUUGUCAGACAGAUGACCGUGCCAAUUCCAGAGGAGAGGCAGGUCAUGUACCACCAGGAUGUCGCCCCGAUGGUGCGCCGCAUGACAACCGAACAAGCUCCCGUGAUUCGGUACGCCGUACCUCCCGUCGCUGGGUACCCAGAAGAAGAACGAGAUAUUUUCUAUCGUGACGACUUGGACAGGCGAUCAUCCAGGGUGGAAGAUUAUCAACGCGAGAGGGUUCGAGAGGAGUACUACAAGCAGCGAGAGCAAGAAUUGGAUUCUCGACAGCACGAGUUGGAAAUUGCCGAAGCGGAUAUGAGGAGGCUCAGACUGCAGGAACGCGAGUAUCAUGAUGACAGAGAGAGACGUGAACGAAGACAAUCCAAGCCUCUCUACUAUGAUGAGGAGACGGGGAGAUAUUUUUAUUAUGACUAGGAAAGGAACCAAAGAUCAGAGACUAUGGCAGAAUGCAUGACAACCAGAAACAGCCGGGUUGAUUUUGGGAGGCAGUAUUUGUUUGGGGAAGGGUCAAGCAAAGAGGAGGA